CUCGGGCAAACAUGGUGAUGGCAAAGUCCAUGCUGCUCGUUGCCGCGACCCUGGAGUUGGCUGUUGCCGACUUCCCGCCUUCCUGGGGCGUUCAAGACGUGUGGGUGCACACAAGCACAUGGUACGCAGGCCGCUGCACGUGCUUGUGCCAGCCCUUGUGCUCGCAUCCGUCGGACAUCAUGCGCACCAACUUGGUGUCGGGGGGGCUUAUUCCUCGCUUCAACAAUUACUCGGUACCUCGCUGCGACGACUACGGUAAGUAUUACGCAUCGUCUGCUAUCUCUGCCGUCGGUCAAACGCACCUCAAAAACUACUUUCCGGUGGGAUUUUCUCGCGACUUGGAGAACAUGUGGUCCCCCUCUGCCCCCGAAGGCAACCAGCCCACGUUUGCCUACCCCUGCGGCGGUCUCAAGGAUGCAUCGUACCUGCUCACGGUGGUUCAGUUGGCGCAACGGCUCAAGGCCCCCAAAGUCAUCACCGACAACAUUGGUAAAGAAGUCAAAGUGUCCGAUCUCCGCGCAGCGUUCAAACAAGACUGGGGUGCCGACGUCGUGUUGCAGUGUCUGGAUGGCGCGUUCACUGACGUGCUGACGUGUUGGAGCAAAGCCCCCGCCAUGAAAGGCAGUGGAGAAAUUUUCCCAUCCAAGAUCCAAGACUGCUCCCCCCAGAUCGCUGCCACGGACGAAUGCACCAACGCCACGACCAAGAUCUUGGCCUUUUCAAUCCCCACCAAAGCCCCUGUAACGGACGCUCCCUCGGACGCCCCAGUUACCACCGCCGUUGUUCCUGUCACAACCACCGUGACGCCUAACUCUACCACCGUGACCCCUAAAUCUACCACCGUCACCCCUAACUCUACCACCGUGACCCCUCACCCUACCACCGUGACACCUAACUCUACCACCGCGCCGACCCCCACGCCCACCGAAGUCCCUUCAGAAGUGGACAUUUGGACAAAGUUUUAUGCACGCAACGCUCGGUGUGCAAUUUUCGGGGAAGAAGGAUGCACGUACUGUGCCGCUGCCAAAGCCCUGCUCAAGCAAAAGAAAGCCAAGUACGACUACUUUGGGGUGUGGAUGGACAACCCCAACCACAUCCCCAGCGGCAUGGACGUGUACUACUCGCUGCUACGCCUCACCAAGAAAGACUCGCUGCCCAACAUUUGGAUUGGGGGGAAAUUCAUCGGGGGCUUCGACGACUUGAAAGGAUUGAAUGCGUCAGGGACGUUGAAUCAACUGCUCAAGGAUGCCAAGUGUCUGCAAAAUACUACUAACAUUACGUCCGUCUUUGGCUACGAAUAAGAGUAGUGAAAUUACU